AUGCGCAUCGCCCGUCUCCCCGGAUUUCUGGCUCUUGGAGAGGACCCCCCACCCGAGGUGUGCGCCCUCGUGUCCUCCCUUCUCUCUCCCCUGGCACCUCAGGACCGUCCCUGCUGGUACUGGGCAGUCAAUCCCUAUGGCCAGCCCAUGAGGCCUGCUUUCCCGGGGAAGAUGGUCACCGGAGGCCUGGCUGGGGGUGACCAGUUUCAGGGAUGGCUGUUCUCAGCAGAUCCUGGGUGCAGGGAGCUGGAUGGCUGGACAGGCAGCCACUUGUUCUUCCUUGGUGGGAAGCCCAGUUCAGCUGUUUCCAUGCUCUUUGCAUUGUUGGGCAGUCUCACCAGUGCCUGGGUCUCUGCCCACACAGAUCCAGCAGGCGUUACUCCAAGCCAAGACUUGGAGGCCAAGGCCGGCACCAUUACCUCCAACGAGUGGAGCUCUCCCAACUCCCCCGAGGGGAGCAACGUCUCUGGGGGCAGCCAGGCCUUGGACAAACCCAUCGACAAUGACGCGGAGGGUGUAUGGAGCCCCGACAUUGAGCAGAGCUUCCAGGAGGCCUUGGCCAUCUACCCACCCUGCGGCCGUCGUAAGAUCAUCCUGUCGGACGAGGGCAAGAUGUACGGUCGGAACGAGCUGAUUGCCCGCUACAUCAAGCUCCGGACAGGGAAGACUCGCACCAGGAAGCAGGUGUCCAGCCACAUCCAGGUGCUGGCUCGUCGCAAAGCCCGAGAAAUCCAAGCCAAGCUGAAGGAUCAGGCAGCUAAGGAUAAAGCCCUGCAGAGCAUGUCCACCAUGUCCUCCGCUCAAAUCAUCUCCUCCUCAGCCUUCCACAGUAAAAUGGCCCUGACCCGGGGCCCAGGCUAUCCAGCAGUCUCAGGGUUUUGGCAGGGAGCUUUGCAGGGCCACGCUGGAACAUCCCAUGAUGUGAAACCUUUCUCUCCACAAACCUACGCCAUCCAGCCUGCGCUGCCCCUGCCAGGGUUUGACUCGACAACAGGAGCCGCCCCGUCCCCCCCAGCACCUCCAUGGCAGGGCCGCAGCGUGGCCAGCUCCAAGCUGUGGAUGUUGGAGUUUUCCGCCUUCCUGGAGCAGCAGGACCCAGAUGCGUAUAACAAGCACCUAUUCGUACACAUCAGCCAGUCCAGCCCGAGCUACAGCGAUCCCUACCUCGAAGCCGUAGACAUCCGUCAGAUCUACGACAAGUUCCCCGAAAAGAAGGGGGGGCUCAAGGAGCUCUUUGAGCGGGGGCCCGCCAACGCCUUUUUCCUUGUGAAGUUCUGGGCAGAUCUCAACACCAACAUUGAGGAUGAAGGCAACUCCUUCUACGGGGUGUCCAGCCAGUACGAGAGUCCCGAAAACAUGAUCAUCACGUGUUCCACCAAGGUCUUCUUCGGCAAGCAGGUGGUGGAGAAAGUGGAGACUGAGUACGCCCGCUAAUGAGAACGGCCCACUACUCCUACCCGCAUCCACCGGUCCCCGCUCUGCGAGUACAUGAUAAACUUCAUCCACAAGCUGAAACACUUGCCCGAGAAAUACAUGAUGAACAGUGUACUGGAGAACUUCACCAUCUUGCAGGUGGUCACCAAUAGAGACACUCAGGAGACUCUGCUCUGCAUCGCUUAUGUCUUUGAGGUGUCGGCCAGUGAGCACGGGGCUCAGCAUCACAUCUACCGGCUGGUGAAGGAAUAA